GUAUUCAUUUUGCAGACUUUUUUAUCUAAAGCGACUUACAAAUGAGAGAGCAUGUGACAUUUUUUCAAUGAGCCAAACAACAGAUUACCAAUUCAUGUUUUCAAGCAGGAUUAGACAAGAAAAAAAUGAACAACAAGAAAGAAACAGAAAGUAGACAGUUUGUGAACAGGUAUGUGUUCAGUUGUCCAGCUAGGGUGGAGGCUGGCAUCUCAUUCCACCAGAGAGGAACGGGGAAAUCACGUGACAUUUAACCGACAUUUAAUGGGCCGUUUAACCGAAAUCGCAUAAGAAAACUCAAUAAACAUCAUGAAAUGCUACGGAACUCUUUGCUAGACCGGCACGGAACACAAACUACUUAACCGUUAAAUUUAACGUAAGAACAAAUUUGUGCACGAAUAUGUAACAGAAUAAUUAAAGUGUUUGUACAGGAUCAACGAUUGCUCAACAAAGCAGUCAAAAUGACUGAGGUGAAGGUUCCUGUGGCUCAGUGGUAAGAGCAUGGCCCUAACAACGCCAAGGUCGUGGGUUUGACCCCAGGGGAUUGCACAUACUGCGAAACACAUGUAUAGGAUAAUGCAAUGUAAGUCGCUUUGGAUAAAAACAUCUGCCAAAUGCAUAAAAUGCAAAUUCCAAAGAGUAUUUAAAGGGGUGGUGCAAAGGUGUGUCAUGGAUUCUGACUUCUUUACAAUGUUAAACAUGCUGUCUUCUCAUGCUUAACAUGGUCAACUUGUCAAAAAACGAGUUGGGCGUAUUACGUAGUAUUUCUGUGCUCGAUACACUCCCCCAGUGAUCGUACAGGUUUCAGAAAGUUUUUUUUCAAACAUAUAAAACUGUUUCGUGCCAAUUUUUCUUAGUCCCUUAUUGGACAAUUCUCCUGGAAAAGCACGUGGCACACCCACACGGCAGCAAGGAGAACAGGAGACGAAGUUCAAGUGUUUGUUUGUUCACUGCAUUUGGGGGAUGAAUGUUACAUAAACAGUGGAUAUAACGCUGGAUUUGGAGAUGGUUUGAAACUGAUAUAUGGAGCCGUCCCAGCGCUAAAAGAUGCCGGACAUGAACCGCAUGCGAGUGUCACCCUUGGCCUCAGGUUGAAAUGCCGUUCCCAUCGUUGUCAUGGCCUGAAGAUGGAUUGAAGCUGUGUUUGCCUGAGGAAGCCCUGAGGUGGAGAGAGACCUGAGUGAGAAUUUCAUCCAGGCGAUUCCUCGAAAGGCCUUCCGUGGAGCCACGGACAUCAAGAACCUUCAGUUGGACAAGAAUCACAUUAGCUGCAUUGAGGACGGAGCUUUUCGUGCGUUACGUGACCUCGAGGUUUUAACGCUGAACAACAACAACAUCAGCAGUAUUCCAGUGUCGAGUUUCAACCACAUGCCCAAACUCAGGACCUUCCGUUUGCAUUCCAACAACCUGAACUGUGACUGUCAUCUGGCCUGGUUGUCUCAGUGGCUGCGGGAGCGGCCGGCCCUCGGCCUGUUCACCCAAUGCAGCUCUCCGACUCCACUGAAAGGACUCAAUGUGGCCGAGGUCCAGAAACAUGAGUUCACCUGUUCAGGUCAUGCUGAAAACACUGGUGUUCAGUUGUGCAGUUUUGCUGCAGGUUCGUGUCCAGCGGUCUGCACCUGCAGUAAUAAUAUUGUGGACUGUCGAGGCAAGGGACUGACAGCCAUCCCAGCCAACUUGCCCGAAAGCAUGGCAGAGAUACGUCUGGAACAAAAUGGCAUCAAGUCAAUCCCUCCUGGAGCGUUUUCUCCAUACAAGAAGCUACGCAGAAUAGAUCUCAGCAACAACCAGAUAUCAGAGAUCGCUCCUGACGCUUUUCAAGGCCUACGCUCCUUAAACUCACUGGUUCUGUAUGGAAACAAGAUCACUGAUCUGCGCAGAGGAGUGUUUGACGGACUCUACACCCUUCAGCUGCUCCUGUUGAAUGCCAACAAGAUCCACUGUCUGAGAGAAAACACGUUUCAGGACUUGCAAAAUCUCUCGCUGCUGUCUUUAUAUGACAACAAAAUCCAAACUUUGGCCAAGGGCACCUUCACCUCAUUGCGAGCAAUUCAGACACUUCAUUUAGCACAAAAUCCAUUCAUCUGUGACUGUAAUCUUAAGUGGUUGGCUGAUUAUCUGCGUUCGAACCCCAUCGAGACCAGCGGCGCCCGCUGCACAAGUCCCAGACGUCUCGCCAACAAACGCAUCGGUCAGAUCAAGAGCAAGAAGUUCCGCUGCUCCGCCAAAGAGCAGUACGUCAUGCCAGGGACUGAGGACAGCAGGCUUUAUAAUGACUGUAGCAAUGAUCCGGUCUGCCCAGCCAAAUGCCGUUGUGAGUCUAAUGUGGUGGACUGUUCAAACCUGCGGCUGAAGCGGAUCCCUGAGCACAUCCCGGUGUCCACAACAGAAAUACGUCUCAACAGUAAUGAGAUCACAAGUAUAGAGGCCACAGGUGUAUUCAAGACACUCUCUCACCUCAAGAAAAUAAACCUCAGCAACAAUAAGAUCUCUGAGAUCGAGGACGGGGCGUUCGAGGGAGCGUCUUCAGUCAACGAACUGCACCUGACGGCUAACCAACUGGACUCGGUGCACAGUGGCAUCUUCAGGGGUCUGGACGGCCUACGGAUGCUCAUGUUGCGAAACAAUCGCAUUAGCUGCAUUCACAACAACAGUUUCACAGGACUGCACAACGUUCGCCUGCUGUCGCUCUAUGACAACACGUUGACGAUCAUCAGUCCCGGAGCCUUUGACACGCUGCAGAGCCUCUCAACCCUAAACCUGCUUGCCAACCCAUUCAACUGUAACUGUAAGAUGGCGUGGCUGAGUGGCUGGUUGAGGAGCCGUAAAAUCGUGACAGGAAACCCACGCUGUCAGCAGCCAGCUUUCCUCAAAGAGAUUCCCCUGCAGGAUGUCGCGCUACCAGACUUCCGCUGCGAAGAGGGUCAAGAGGAAUCGAGCUGUACUCCACCCAUCCAGUGUCCCAGUGAUUGUACCUGUCUGGAGACAGUGAUACGCUGCAGCAACAAACAUUUAAGCGUCUUACCCAAAGGCAUUCCACGCAACGUCACCGAGCUAUACUUGGAUGGAAACCUGUUCAGCAUUGUGCCACAAGAGCUGUCCACCUUCAAAAAUCUGCAGCUGGUAGACCUAAGUAACAACAAAAUCAGCUCCCUAACCAGUUCUUCAUUUGCCAACAUGAGUCAGCUUACUACCUUGAUUCUCAGCUAUAAUGCUCUUCGUUGUAUUCCAACUCUGGCAUUUGCGGGUCUUCGAUCUCUCCGCUUGCUGUCUCUGCAUGGCAAUGACAUCUCGGAGCUGCCUGACGGGAUUUUCAAUGAUGCUACAUCGCUGUCACAUCUGGCUAUUGGGGCGAACCCACUGUAUUGUGAUUGCCGACUGCGCUGGCUCUCUGACUGGGUGAAAACCGGCUAUAAGGAGCCUGGAAUUGCCCGCUGUGUCAGCCCGCAUGGCAUGGAGGGCAAACUGCUUCUAACCACUCCUGCCAAGAGGUUUGAAUGUCAAGGUGAGGUGGACACUGCCAUACUGGCAAAAUGUAACCCAUGUGUGUCUAGUCCCUGUUUAAACGGCGGGACCUGUCACACAGAUGAGCUGGACGGCUACAGGUGCAGCUGUUUAGAAGGGUUUAAGGGCAAGAACUGUGAUAUAGUACCUAAUGCUUGUGUCAGCGAGCCCUGUCAACAUGGAGGAACAUGCAGCGUGUCUGAAGAAAACAAUAAAGCCUACAGCUGUUCCUGUCCUGCUGGCUUUGAAGGUUUCACAUGUGAGAUUGACAUUGAAGAGUGUAAAGAUAAUGACUGUCAGAAUGGAGCAACCUGUAUAGAUGGCCUCAACAACUACACUUGUUUAUGCUCUCCUUUUUACACAGGGGAGAUGUGUGAAGAACUGGAGGAUAUGUGUGCUUCUGGUCGAAGUCCCUGUAAGCACCAAUCCACCUGCGUCAUUACAGCCACCGGCCCAAAAUGUAUAUGUGCACCUGGUUUCGUGGGUGAUGACUGCAGCGUAAACUAUGAUGACUGUAAAGAACACAAGUGCCAUGACAGGGCAGAAUGUUUGGAUGAAAUAAACGGAUACACCUGUGAUUGUCCACAGGGCUACAGUGGACAGCUGUGUGAAGUGCCAUCUACCCCGCAAUCUCCAUGCGACCUGGCCGACUGUCAGAACAAUGCGCCCUGUGUGGAGCGAGGCGGCCAUCCGCUGUGUCAGUGCCUGGAAGGGUUUGGUGGACCACGCUGUGAAAAGUUGGUUAGCGUUAACUUUGUGGACCGAGACUCCUACUUGCUCCUGAGUGACCUAAAGAACUGGCCACACGCCAACAUCACUUUACAGGUGUCCACAGCAGAAGACAAUGGCAUUCUUCUGUACAAUGGAGACAAUGAUCACAUUGCUGUAGAACUUUAUGAGGGUCAUGUUAAAGUCAGCUAUGACCCUGGCAGCCACUCAAGUCAUGCAAUUUACAGUACUGAGACCAUCAAUGAUGGUGAGUUCCACACAGUAGAGCUGGUGACCUUUGACCAGAUGGUGAACCUGUCUAUAGAUGGUGGCAGGCCAACGACAAUGGACAGCUUUGGCAAAGAGCAACCCUUGAGGGGAGAGACGCCACUAUAUGUGGGAGGCAUGCCGGUCGAUGUCCACCCCACAGCCCCCCGCAUAUGGCAGAUCCAGAAUGGCUCUAGUUUCCAUGGUUGUAUUCAGAACCUGUACAUCAAUAAUGAGCUACAGGACUUUACCAAAACUCAGAUGAAACCCGGUGUGGUGCCUGGGUGCGAGCCUUGCAGAAAGAUAUAUUGCUUGCAUGGCAUUUGUCAACCCAGUACAGCCACAGGCCCUGUUUGUCACUGCCAGCAUGGAUGGAGUGGGCAACACUGUGACCAGCCUGCGGCAAACCCCUGCCUUGGCAAUAAGUGCGUUCAUGGGAAAUGCAUUCCAAUGGACUUGCAGUCGUACCGUUGCGAAUGUCAGGAGGGUUUUCACGGUGCCCUGUGCAACCAGCAGGAAGAGCUGUUUAAUCCAUGCCGAAAGCUUCAAUGCAAACAUGGUCACUGUCAGAUCUCAGACACUGGAGAUGCCUACUGUCAUUGUGAGGCUGGCUACAGCGGAGAGUCAUGUGACAGGGAGUCCGUGUGUCACGGGGAGCCAGUGCGAGACUUCUACCAGGUCCAGCGUGGCUACGCCAUCUGUCAGACCACACGCAUGGUGUCGUGGGUGGAGUGCAGUGGUGUCUGCGACACGGGCUCAUGCUGCACCAGCCAAAGGAUGAAGCGCAGGAAGUACACAUUUGAGUGUAGCGACGGCACAUCCUUCAGUGAGGAGGUUGAAAAGACCCUCAAGUGUGGCUGUGUGGGGUGCAUGUAGAACAUAAACACUAGCAUCACCUCUCCAUCACAGUUUGAAAGAACUGCAGAAAGAGCCAUCACUAAUAACAAAAGUCAACAGAAAUAUCGAUGAUCAAUAUCUUUCAUUGGGUAUACAGAAACAUACCCCACCCACCCCUCACCAGAGCCUGAAAUUUUAAACUCUUUGUCCACGUAUAAGGUCUCAGAAAGAUAUAAUAUUAAGAACUCUGCUGACAGGAAGACGAGGAAGAUGGCCUCAGGCUCGUUUCAGCCCAAACGCAAGACAGUGGUAGCGUGUUAGAACAGAAUGCUGGUCUUUCAUCAGACCUCUCUGUGCUGCAAGAAGUGUAUUCGUGCAGAUGAGGCUUGGUCAUGGUGAUGAAUGUGGGCGAAUACACAAAACCACCCUCAACAACAUACAAAAGAUCUAGGUUCAAGAGAGAGGCAUGGAAAGACAUGCUGUCUUACCAGUGAAUUUAUCCAAAACCGAAUAGUUGUGAAGACUAGAUUUAGACUGAAGGCAAAGUGUUGACUUUCACCGUGUCCUCAAGCCCAACUUCACUGCAAAUACAGCCGCAUUGACAAACGGUCCCGUGAAAGUCAUAAGUACUUCUGUCAGAACAUGAGGAGCUCUGUGAUGCUCCUGGUGCCAACAACUUGGAAAGGGAAGUCCUUAUAAUAAUUAGACUGUCCAUAGCUAUAGAUAGAAGAAACAAAUGAAAUUCAAACAACAGGAAACAUUGAUCUCAUGGUCACUGAUGUAUUUCAUAUGCCUGUCACAGGAUGUAAGAUGAAGUCCAUUCACUAGGCAGAUGUUUCUUGUCAUGUGACAAUGUCUGCUUUAAUAUUAUUAUUCAUUUUACUGAGCAGAAGAAAGAACAGCCCUCAUCAAAAGAAACUGGUCAGUGUUGAAAGGGGUAAAAAAGAUAUACUUUUACAUUAAGAUUAGGGCAGAUGCCUUUAUCCAAAAAGACCUUUUCCAACAAGAUUCAGUGCCGAGGGGCCUUUAAUUAGUGCGAAAUCUCAAAUCUUUUGACAUCACCAUGCAUUCCGCUUCUCCGCAAUGUACAAAGACAAAGUGGUCUUUCAAAUUCAUUACAGCUACAUAUUACUGCAUUUGUGAUUUUUGAAAAUUGACUUGUGUAUCUUGCUAUGAUUGUUAAAUACGUAAAACAAAAGUGAUGUUUGGAUUAUUUCGUCAAGUUUUGAUGGGUGUUUGUUUUUACUUUGAUUUCAUUUGCCUAACUCCCCUAGACCUUUACUUUAUACAGAAAUGUUUAACAGAUUCUAAUAUAUAUUUGUAUUUCAUUUCGGUAUAGUAUUUUUAUAUGUUAAAUAAAUUUGUUUUCAGGACAUUAUCAUCGAACAGAAGUGUGAAAUUGGGUGAUGUGGUGUUUAUUUGGUCGUUUAAUUCACUUUGCUAAUACAGACUGCAGCGGUUUUGCAGUGGUGGCCAUAGGCAAAUGUUUCAUUAGCUUUACUUAGACGAGAGCCAGUGUUAAUUGUUUUUAGUAUUGUAAAUGUUUUCCAUGUGAAUAGCAGAUUUUUAAUCAUUUUAAAUAUUUGUAAUAAUUUAUUCUGUGAUCAAGGACAGACCAAACAUCAAGAGCAAAUGAACCUUUACUCGACAGCGUGACUUUCCAGAUGGUAAAUUAUGCAUACGUAAGCAAGGAGGUUCUGUAAACGGUAUUAUAUCAUUGCAGAUGUUUUCUCAUGACACAACGAGGAGCUAAACCAUCCUCCACUCGUAAGACUUCAUGAUGAAAGAACCUUUGCUCUUAUCUUCAGAAGUUACACAAACUAAAUGCAGUUACUCAGAAUUUUAAGCAGCAUCAAACAUGUUUACUGAACUUUCUUUUUCAUUCAUUAAAAUAUUUGAAUAUGUAA